UAUUUCUCGGAACAUCGAAUAAAAAUAUCCGCCCAGCAAUGUCACUAACUUCUAAAUGUCAAAGCCACAUAUCUGCUCCGUACAACAUGAGACGUCUCAGACGUUCUUACCGUACAGCGAAGACACCAAAAAUAUAUUCAAAAAAUGUCUCAGAAAUCUGCGUCAUUGGAGUCUGGUUUGGAAAAGACAUCCUCAGUUUUCCCAUUUCUAUAAAAGUACCACUGCCUAUCUGGUUGAAAGAAAGUUGCAUUCUUCUAGCAGAUACUCUUAUAUAAUUCACCCAAUGAGUAGAUUAUGUUUUGGCAUGGAAUUAGUCCUGAUGAUAUCUUACCCAUUCGCAUUUAUUUAUUAUCCAUUAGCUUCUUCUUUUUACAAAUUGAAACACCUUUACCACAAAGGGUACAAUGGCGCAGAGACAAUAUUUCAGUGCAUUUUUAUGCUGGAGAUUAUAAUGAGAUUCUUUAUUGGUAGAAAAAAUUCCAGACUGAAGAAAGUUAUAAUCAAUCAGAAGGAAAUCAUAAAAAAAUACAUUCUCAGUAUCUAUUUCUUCGUUGAUAUUUGUGGUGCGUUACCAAUCACAUAUGCCUUACCGUUUACAGAGGACAGAAAAAUUCUUAUAUGUCUGGCAUCAGUGAGAUCCCUGAAAAUUUUGAGACUUGGAUCAUUCGUAUCAUAUUUACAUAAUUCAUUAAAGGUACUGCAUAUGUCAGCCUACCAAGGAGUGAUCAAAUUCAUUGCGAUUACAGGAUUCUCAAUUCACUGGUUCACUUGUCUUCAUUAUGGAAUGAAACGAAUUCGUUACGCAUUCAUUGAACCUACUACAGAUUACUCACAGAUCUACAGAAAUAUAACAAAUUCUCCAUAUGUUGAUACUGCUUACAAAACAAUGGGGAUAAUAUUAGCUGCAAGACGUGACCAUUGUUUAGAUAGAGCACUAGAACAUAAAAUAUAUUGUUUUCUUUUCCUGUUGACUGGAAGGAUUAUAAUCCUGAUUCUAGGAGUCGUCUUGAUUAAUCAAAUACUACAAGGGGCAGAGCUGGAUACAAAGUACCGAGAAGUUUUGGGUCAAUUGAAUGAAUUUAUGUCACGUAAGAAGCUACCACUAGCUACAAGAAAGAAAUUAAUCGCUUUCUAUGAAUACAAAUUUCAAGGUAAAUACGUGAAGGAGAAGAAGAUGGAAAAUUUACUAUCAGAUCGGCUCAAGAAAGAAGUUAACUUCCAUUCAAGUAACCAACUAAUCAAGCAAGUGAAAAUCUUCGAAGAUGUUCCUACGAAAAUCUUAGGAGAAGUACUGAGCCAUCUUAAGUCGGAAGUUUUUUUACCGAAUGAUAUCAUCAUAAGUGCUGGUUCUCCUUCUGAAUGUAUGUACUUCAUAGCAAGUGGAACAGUGGCUGUGACUACAGCAUCCGGCAGAGAGGUUUGCCACCUGGAAGAUGGUGGUUACUUCGGGGAAUCAGCUUUAGUACUGAACUAUAAAAAGUCGAUGUCUAACAUAACAGCAUUAGAAAUAUGCGAAACAUAUCGUUUGGAUUCAAAAACAUUCAGAAAUUGUUUCAAGAGCAAUCCUGGAAUAUAUCAGAAAUUGAAAGCGGAGGCGGAAAAAAGAGAGCUUGAAACUCAGAAAAUGGAAGAGGAAUUUCAAGAGAAACUUUUUCUCGAAACUUACCUUGUCGAUAGACGAAAAAAUACCUACGAGUCUGGCUCACAAAGAUAUUCAGCUCAUAAUUGAUAAUUUCAUAGAAGUUACAAGGUGAUUCACCGGGAUGGCCUAUUACACGUUAAAAACAAAACUAAUCACAAUUUUCUACUCAAACUUUACAUAUUGGGGUUUGAGACAAUGAUCUUUCUACCUGUAAUAUUUUCUGAUCUCUUCAACUUUCGGUUAAACUGGAAACAGACUACUACUCCCUCAUUUUAAAUGACAUACCCAGUAUACUAUUGAAUCAUUAGAUUUUUGGUUUUUUGACAACAAACCGGCAAUAACCAUACUUUGGGUAAAAACUCAACGGCUCAUGAGUUGAUGGGAUUCUUAUGAAAAAAAAUGGUGGCGAUGAGGACUUACAUUUUUUGAAUAUUUCUGCAAAAGAAGCUUUUUUUCGAUUUUUUUUUCCUUUUCGAAUCUGCAAAUAAGUUUGCGGUUUGGACCAAAAAUAUACAGGGUGUUUAUCAGAAGAUCAUCAACUUGGACAACUGAAAUUCAACAAAACUCAAGAUUUUCAGAUUAGAACCUAUAUUUUUUAUUAGUUCAGCCGAUUCUACGUAUCAAAAUAGUGGGGGUUACUUACGCAAACCCUAUACCCAAAAUAAAUAUUUUAAGAGUUAUCGCGAAAGAACCUGAAAUGAGGAAAAACCGCAAUUCCUAACUUUGUGGAGUAGUCUGUGACUUCCGAAAAACACAGAAAGCAACUAAAAUUCCAACGAAAUAUAUAAUUAUAAUGAAAUGUAAAAUUUAAUUAUCCAAACUUCGAAUUUUAGUUUCUUCGUGUGUUUUCCGGAAGUCACAGAAUACUUCACACAGUGAGGAAGUGCGGUUCUUCCUCGAUAACUAUUAAAGUUUUUAUUUCAGGUAUAGGGUUUGCUUGAGUAGUCCCCACUAUUUGUGUACGUAGAAUCUACUGAAAUAAUAAAAUAUAUAGGUUCGUAUUUGAGAAUCUUGAGUUUUGAUGAAUUUCAGUUGUUCAAGUUCAUGAUAUUCUUAUGAACACCGUGUAUCUACAUUUUUGGUUCAAACCACAAAUAAUCUGAUAAUACUACGUAUUUGCAGAUUCGAAAAAGGAAAAAUGUUUUCGAGAAAAGCUUUUUCUGCCGAAAUAUUCAAAAAAAUGUGAGUCCUCAUGGCCACCAUUUUCUUCAUAAGAAUCCCAUUAACUCAUGAGCCGUUGUCGUCAAAAGAGCAAUCUAAUUAUGCAAUUAUGGGUAUGCCAUUUGAAAUGAGGAAGUAGUACUAAGUCUGUUUCCAGUUUAAUCAUCGGAAGUUGUAGAGAUCUGAAAAUAUUUCAUGGAGAAAGAUCAUUGUCUCAAACCCCAAUAUGUAAACUUUCAGCUGGAGAUUAUCCCAUCCCGGUGAAUCACCUUGUAUAGUUGUAAAUAUCUAUAAACAUCAUUGUUAUAAUUGAGAGGAACUCCAGGUGUCAAUUACAAUUGAGUUAUAAUGGAGAGUUAGAAUAAGAUAAAUAUAAUUGUCAGUUUUUAUGAUGAAUAAAGUAUUUUUUGAACGUGAUUUGGUGGAUCAAGGGUAAUUUUUUUCAAAUA